UCGUUAUAACCACUUACUAUGCAAAAUUCAAUCUGGGCUGGUUAGUUUAGUUUUGACUUCCAGGCUGACCAAACCACAUUUCCGUCCCUUGCUGCUGGAGUAAGUUGCAAAGGGCUCGAAGGGAAACGGCCCUUUGACUUCAGCUGGCUCUAGCUUUGACUUUGGCUCUGGAGUGCUGUCUCCUGAAGGCCUCUGCAUCCUGAGAGAGCAACAACGGGUGUCAGCAGUACUUAGCACUGGCCAAGUCACGCUGUGGAAAGGCAAAUGCCGCCCACCUGAUUUAAAGCUGCUUUCGGCCUCACGUUCCAGUGGGAUUUCUGUCCUCAUGUAAACAUAGCUGAACUAGCUGAACCCACCUAGGCAGAUGUUUGCAGUGUGACAGCACAUCGCCCUCAGCGAUUCAGUUGUGUCUGGGUGCUGGCGGUGCCACCCACUCCCAGGGCACAGAAAAGCUCCCAAACCAGCCUCAGCAAAACCUCGCCAAGAGGCAAUGUACCCCCGCGCUGCUGGAGGGGGACAGCAUGAGCUCCCGCCUGUCCUGUCCCCUGGUGGGGAUGGGGACAGUGAUCUCUGCCACAACAAGAGCUAGGAGGGGGAUCUGCUCACGGUUUGCCCUUAGAGACAUUCAGGUGGAACAACUGGCAGCAGCACAGCAUGGUGCUGACCAUAUUCAUAACAUGUCACUCACUGUGAGGUCCCAGGCACUCGCAGUGUCCAGCUGCCUCAGCCUUGCUGGGGGAGUCCCAUCACACUGUGCAGAGGGGCAAGGGUGGCCAGAAACACUAGGGAAAUACCCCUGCCUGCCCCCACUGCCUACUCCUGGGGAGGAUCAGCAAGAGCUGAGACACCCUCGGGCUGCAUUGGGGUGCGGGAAUUUCCCUUCAGUCCUCAGUGCCUCGGUGGCUGGAGAGGGCUCUCAGGGCAGAAGAGGGGAACCAGCGGAGGGGACCUGAGCACAGAAACGCUGACCCUCUCCCUUCCCUCCACAGCUCUGCAGUGCUCUUCAAAGGGCAACCCACUGUAGAAGCCAAAUCUGAGGGCUCAGCAUCAUCCCUGGGGUGGUCCAAGUCUGUCCAUUGAUUGUGGAGGGAGCUAAGGACUUCUGCUAGUUUUCCCUUAGCCUCAUUUGCAAGCAAAACUCCUGGGGAGCAGAAACGAGAGGGGAGGAAGUGGGUGAUGUUCAGAACAGCAGAUGCAACCAGGACACUGCCCCAUGAUGAAUUCCCAGUGCUGGCAGCUGAGUCGUUUCACAGAAAUUGUAGAGAAGCAGAGCACAUGCAGAGGGGUCUGUUUGCCAGGGCUAUGGUAAACCCUGUUGCAUAUUUCUCAAAGGCUUCAGUUUCCAGCCUGUUCUUAAAAGCUGCCUGAGCCUGCCUGGGUUUUAGGAGGGGAGUGAAGCCAGCAAACAUGGGGGGCUCUGCCGUGCUGGGGCACUGCUGUGAACCCUUCGUGCUGCUGGGGCUGGCUUUGGGAAGGAGCCCCAGCAGGUGCAGGAGUGAGGCACCACCCGCCAGAGACCUCCAGCAACCGGCACAGCCACACGCAAGAGAAGACAUCGGUCUGUGCCGAGGUGCUCCUGAGGGGGGGCAGUGCGUCUGAUCAGAAGUUUGUCCUGAGGUAAACAAGUCUAUUACACAUAUACCUUGCAGCUUCUGUCAUCAGGAUAAACCCUUGGGUUUCCGGUGCAAAUACUCGUGUACACAAGCACAGCGUGAACUUUCGGUGGAUAUUUUUUGAUACAGGCAGUUCUGCAAGCAUGUGUGUGAGUCACUUUACCCACCCACCGAUAUCAAAGGAAGUGCUCACUUGAGUCCAGUUACUCAUGCGUGUAAAUGUUUGUAGGAUGAGGUCCUUCAUUCAUGGCUCCCAUGGUGGUUCUUGCCACCUGCACCAUUUGCUAGGCUUUUUGUGGGGAUCAUAGGCGGUAAGGAGCAAUCGCAGCUGAAGCCAGCUCUCUUGGUGCCUGGUUGGAGCAAACAGUGUGGAACUGAAAGAUCUCUCUGGCUCUAGUAUCAAGACAUACUUUUUAAAAAGCUCUUUUGAUAUUUUUGCUGUUUUAUUUGUUUAAUAAAACCACUUAGCUAGCUGGACUCCCAAGCUCCUGGGGCUUCCGUUUCUCUGCAGAGAAGAUAAGAAGAGCACAUUUCCUUAUCCAGUGAGUCAUUUUUUUCUGCUCUUUAAUUAUGCAUUUAUGCUAUUAUCAAGCGUAUUCGGCUCUUAGAUACAAACACUUCAUAACCACUAACUAGUUACCAGCCCUUAAAGCUCCAGAAAAGAUCAGUUGCACUUACAAAGGACAGAGAGACAAAGACGUGAGAGAAAAAAGGGGAAAAGGAGAUGCAUGGAGCCAAUCUGGGGAGCCCUGGGUCACGCUGGUAUGUCGUUACGUGUGAGUGCUUCUGUGAAAAUCAGCAGCAAUUUGCUUCACGAAUAUAUGUUAUCGUGUGUGAAUUCAGAGAUCAUUUUCUUGGCCCAGGAGGAAGCAGACAGGCUAGGAAAGAAGCAUGGGGUGGUUAAAAGAACUGCUGAGGGUGACAGAAGAGGACUCUGAAGGUGGGGGAGAAUAGGGUAGGAGCAGUCAUUGCAAUCAGGCAACAGCAGCCUCCUGCAUAAUAGGACCUCUGAGCAAUUCAUUAGUGGGAAGACGUCAAGACUGUUGUCCCAGCGCUCCCGGUCAUGCAUUCACAGCUUUGUUUUUUCUCUCUAGAUACCUAAACAGGAGCUGUCAGGUGCACAACUUUACUGAAAAUCUGACCCUCACUGUCAAAAUCAAGAUUUAGGCCUCAGGGCUUAGCGAUUUCACACUUGGGCAGUCCCUCUCUACAGUGCCAUGCAGGAAGACAGCUCUCAAGCUCACUCGGUCAUGUCGUCGGGAAAAGCAGACUCCAGCGCCUCCUGUCUCCCUUCCCAGUGCUUUGAUUCCCUGACCAGGUUGUGUGUGAAAUGCUCCGAACUGUACAAGGACAACACAACUCUCCCCCUCACAGAAUCACAGAAUGACAGAAUGGUUGAGGUUGGAAGGGACCUCUGGAGAUCAUCUAGUGCAACCCCCCUGCUCAAGCAGGGUCACCUAGAGCACAUUACCCAGGACCCUAUCCUGACACUGCCGGUGUUUCCCUCCACGGCAGAGCCCGCCCAUGCGGCGCCCACCUCAGCCCUGAUACCCUUGCCCCCUUCGGUGGACCUGCCAGGCACGGUCUUGAUCUUCGGGAUCCCUGCGCUUGUGGGGCUCAUCCUGGCUCUGGCUGCCAUCUGGGGCUUCCUGGCCUGGAAAGUGGGGAGGCAGAGGAGGAAGAGGAAGAAGCCGGAUGAGGAGUCCAAAGAAAGCCUGGACAACGUCGUCUCCUCGUCAAGCCCGGUCCAGCAGGACCACACUGUGCUGGCAGCAGAUGAUGACCUUGCUUUGGCCAAGUGCCCACAUGUCAAUGGAGCGGUGAAGGUGCCUGGGCCGCCAGGAAAAGACGGGGCGAAGCCGAAGUUGUGCUGCCAAGGCAAUACCGUCGGCGACAUCAUUCUGCUCUCUGCUGUGUCCCCCUGCCUUGAGGAGUGCAACCACUGCUUCCCGCUGCCGGCUACAGAGCUGGGCGCCACUGCCCUGGUCACCACCAAAACCACCCAGAAGACCUGCAUCAACGAGGAGAUACCAUGAGAGCUGGUGGAGCGGGGCUGGAGCUCUCUGGCUUCUCCCUGCAAACACCAUGACGCCUUCCCUUGGGUGGAUAAAGCGUUGUGUGGAAGUGAGUUGAAUCAGAACUAGGUUUUGCCUUGAGCAAGAUCAGCCUUCUAGGAUCAUUGCCUUUUCUACUUUCCCAUUUGUGCAGAGUCCCAAAUAAGCUGGUAGUCACUGGAGGAAGUCUAAGUCGAUCACGCAGAGUUACACUGAGCCAAUAGCUGCCAUGGUUGUGCUGUCUGGAAGAGGCAGAGGAGAUGUGACUGAUGAGGAAGAAGGAUUGCUGGGGGCUGCUGUGACAUUCACAAGGCUGCAGUGUUGAGGACAUGGGUGGAAGGGAGAGCCAGGGUGGGUCUGUUGAUGGAUGGGGGAUUUCUUGGGGCAGGGAGCUGAAAGGAGGAGAAAAAAGGAAAACGGAAAGGGAAAAAGAGAAGAGUUGCAGUUAGGGCCAAAUCCCACACCAUUGACAUUAGCUGAAUUUUUGCUGCUGACCUCAGUAAAAUGAGGCUCAUGGCCAUAUGGAGCAAACCUCAUCCAGCAUCUGCUCCAUUCACAGUCCUGCCUUCUCCUGUCUGCUGCAUGUCGUGCCAUUCAGGUCUCUCCUCCCUCUGGACGCCCUCGCUCUGUGGAAGGCAUCCACUGACUGCCACGAGGCAUGGCAGUCAUGGGAAACCCCCUCAGCAGCUGGGUAGCCAGGAGACUGAAAACAAGUUUAUCUUCCUAAGCAGGGAUUGAGGAGAGGAAGAGCGAAAAAGCUCUCUUUGCUAUGACCUACAAGCACUUAAGUCAGAGAGGACCUGAGGCAGGCAAUGGAGGCUGCUGGUCCAGAGGAACACUGGCUGUAUGAGCUUGUCAUUAUGGCCUGAGACAACCAUCACUUUCACUCACAGUUGUUGCAAAAAUACUACGUGUCACUUGUGAUGACAGGACUCACAGUGAUGGAUGUUUCCAUGCUGCAUAAAACCAGGCAGGGAGUGAUGUGCGUGUAGGAGGGAUCACUUAAUUUAUGCGUGUCUUAAAGAGCUUGCCCCUGUGUGAAAACUGACCAUCAGUGCUGGUCCAGGACAUCUCUCUGUAGAUGAUGCAGUCCACACAUGGGCACACACACGAGUGGCUUUAUGGUGCAGGAAGCACUCUGCUUUGAAAAUGAAGUCAUUAGUCCAGAAUGCACUCGCUUUAUUCCACCACACUGUCUACACAAGGGAGUUUUGCCAGUGUAGUUAAAUGGCAUUGGAAUAGCUGUAGCAGAACUGUUGAUCCAGAGUAAUUAUAGCAACCAAUUCUCCUGGGUAAAUAAAGCCCAGGAAACAGGGCUUCGGUGAGAGAUCCUGCAGGUCCUGAAGGGGGUGAUUAGAAAAUUAGAAGUGCCUGAGGGGUUUUAUUUGCAUAAAGUACCAUCCUAGCAGCAGUCCCAGUAAACUCUUCCAUCAGAAAGGUGACUUCCUUGCCUCAGAGGCAACGAAUGCAGAGCAGACACAGCCAAGCAAGGAGAGAUAGCACCACUGCGCAGCAGUACAACAGUGGCCUCCAUCUUGCUAGUGACUGAUUACCAGCUUUCUUCUAGAUUUGCCACCAGUUCUAGCACCCGACCUCACUGUUAAUGGAUGUCCAGUCUUUAGGGCUGGAGUCAAAGACAGACCCUGGCUAGAGUGCUCUCCUGUGUACUGCUGUCUUCAGAAAUUGGAAGACUUUACCUUGCUCACCCGAUGGAGGACUCUGGUGCACAGCUCUUUUUAGGACUGAUCUGUGACACCAGGUGCAAGGGAAUGUCCCUCUGAUGACAGGAAGCUGCCUCUCUCCCAAGGUGUGUUAGCCCAAGCCUUAGCUCUCUUUGGAGCUCAAGGAGCUCUUAUAUUAAAGGGUGAUGUCUCCUUCCAUGCCAUGGAUGCUGGAGCUGGUUUCACUGUGUACAUCUCAUAAGGGGAACCACAGAAGCUGCCACAAGGCACAGAGGCCCCACUUCUUCCUCACAGCUCAUCUCUCUGACCUUCUCAUGGCCAUCCUAAAUGCAGGUUCACUGAGGUGAACCUCGAUCUGAAUAAUGCUUAACAGAAUUCAAGAUGUGAGAGGAGCCCGGUCUCAGUCUCACUGCCUCAUGGUUGGGGAUGUUGCAGGGCCUGGUCCAAGUGCCCAGCAACCUUUCCUUGGAGCUUCAGACUGGAGUGGCUGGCUCAGCUCAAUCAGGAGGAGUUGUGGAGGCUCCAGCAUUUGGUUCCCCAGCAAUCCCUCUGCUACUCUGCAACAGUCACUGCAGCUCUCCGACAGCAACCACUGCCUGCUGCAGAAGAGAAGUCACCUCCGCACAAAUCAAGGGUCUCUUCAUCUCUGUGCUCUGCACUCAGCCAUUCAGAGUUCCUUCUAGCAAUCUUUGCACAUCUGGUUUGGGGAAAGUAAUUUUGAAAUGAACCAAGGCCUGUCCCAGGGGACAUUCUGGCAUUUGGAAGAAAGAUGGCUCAUGAGAGGCAGGAAUGGGAGCAGGACUGUAAUGCAUUUCUUUCCCUUUUCCUGCCUGGUGACUGCUAUGGCUGAGAAUCGCAGAUGCAGUGCCAUCCCUGAGCGAGGUGAAGAUUUGAAAAUGAAACUCCUGAAGUAUGCUCUGUCUAAAAAUCCUGUUAAAAAAAUCCUCUUUCUGCUAAGGUAAGGGCUUCUGCUCUCAUUUCCUCUAAAGCUUCAGUGAUAUGUCUUCUUUAUGGGACUCUGGGCACCUGCAGUUCACAGAAGCAGCUUUUCAAUCCACAUUGGAUUCUCCAGAUAGCAAAUAUCCCUCGUAUCCCUCUGUCCAUUACGGCAUGCAGGAGUUCCUCCAUGGUCUCGCCUGCCUGACUCAGUCAAGCAUAGUAAGGAUAAAUCUCCCCUCCUCCAUGGCCUCCUUGCCUGACUGGUUGGGAAAAAUUUGUCUCAUGUUGCAGUUCUUUUUGUACAUGCUUCUCAUUCCUUAUUUACAGGACAUAGGGUUGUCCAUUUUGUCUGCAUGGGGAGAAUAGGGAAAGGAAACAAAAAAAUAUAAUUGUAGAAAUUAAAGAAUAAAAUGUAAAUCCAUGACGCUUC